GAAUGAGCCUGUUGGUUGUGAAACUGGUAACUACCUACUCGCAUCUGAGUUAUUGAAGUCAUAUUUCUAUUGUAGUUGUUGUACACGUAGUGGUUUCUCUGUUGUUUAAGGUACAUGAAAUGAUACAUGUAUUUCUAUUGUAGAUGCUACAUGGGAUGAAACAAGCCAUAUAUGCGGUGUCAACUAUGGGACAAAGAAUCAACCUUUCCACACUAGAAAAUAAACUUGAGUGUACAGUAGAAUCGCUAAGCAGAUUUCCUGUGCAGUCCAGAGACAAUUUGGACCUACUAGAGCUGUCUAAAAGCCUUACAUCUGACAGCACAAUGUCUUUAGUGACAGCUAUCAUGUCUCACUAUGUGGGCAGUGAUGAGGGCAAAGACCUUGUUAGCCCAACUUCUAGCUUGAGAAAAUGUGGCCUCUUGUAUUUGGCCAAUCAUUGCCUGACAAAGGGACUUCUGGAUUCAAAGUCUAUUUCUCUCUUGGCAGACAUCUUUGGUUGCUAUGUUACCAGUUGGGUUGAAAUGGAAAACCUACAGCGUGAAAAGGAAUUGUUAGAAGCUAGUUUGUACAAAUAUAAAGAAGUGACACAUGGAGAUGUCCGAACAGAGGAAGAGAUAGAAAAUGAUGAACUUGCUCUGAACUUCCCCUCAUUUCAACAGGAUUUUGAGGAUGUCAUUGUUGGAUUCACAUUGGAUGACAAGCCUAAACCAAAGACCCAAAAGACUCAAAAUGCUUCUAAUGUACAAAUUGGUACAGAGUUUAUUACUGAAAAGGAGAUGUUUGAACUGGCUGCAGUACAUCAUAAUCUUUUCUGCAGUCUUACCAAAACAGACUGGCUGCAGUCCAAUCAGAAUGCAUCAGAUGUCACUAUAGAUCACAUUGAGCCAUUUAUAACUGGGUAUAAAUGUGCUGCGAGUCUUAUAAGGAAGGCUGGACCCCUUAUGUUAUCCGGGCUGGAUGCAAGACUGAUAGGUGCACACAUAUUGGCUGGCAGAAUCAUUGAGAAUGGGGUGGACCAGACUUUGGAAUCUGAGACAUCAUUGAAGUCUGUAAAGAGCAAACCUUAUGAUAUCUACCAUGAUUCCAAUGUCCCUGAAGUGAUCCUGUGUCAACCAAUCUUGGAAGAAUUCUCCACUGCCGUUAACAAACUGCUUGUUGAAUGGCCAGACCACCCCACCUUGAAGCAAUUACUUCUUGUGAUUGGUAGAAUAUUAUCAUUCCCUAUCACUGCCCCAUUGAUGAAGUUUGUCACUGGCUUGGAGACUUUACUUCAGAAGGCACAGGAAUGGGAAGCAAAUGCAGCCAAGCAUGUGUCUCUCCAGACACAGCUGGAAGCUGUCACUAACCAGAUCAUAGACUGGAGGAAGUUAGAGCUAAAGUCCUGGGACUCCUGUCUUAAGAUGGUGGAAUGGAAAACCAAAGAAAAUGCAGCAAAAUGGUGGCUCCACCUAUACAACCUGUUACAGUCUUACAUCAAUUCUGAGCAAGAUCACCAUGACAAUGAAGCAAGUGAUGGAGAAGACAAUAAGGAGAGAAAAGAGUUGAUUGAAGCACUGCAGAAGUUCAUGGAGGGAGCAACACUGGGAGAGUAUAGUGUCAGAUUGGAUAUGAUAUAUGCAUUCCACUGUCAGAUAGCACACAUGCAAUCCUCGGAAAAACAAGGUGAUGUGCUUCAUAUUCUGUGGAACAUCUACCAGUACUUCAGUCACUUCAAGCCAACCAUUGAGGAGUUGAUUGCAAGCCAGAGAGAUCCGCUACACAAGCAGUUGAAGAAUUUUGUGAAGAUAGCAAAAUGGAAUGACAUUAACUUCUUUGCAAUGAAGCAAGCUGUUGAGAAAACACAUCGCACGUUGGCUAAAUACAUGAGACAAUACCGCAUGAUACUCCACCAACCAGUAAAGAACUCACUUGCAGAGAAGAAAGAAAACACUGAGCAAAAGAUUGAAACUGUGAAUCAUGAAAAAGCCAAAACUAAACCUAAAUACGAGAUGGAUAGUAGUGCUCAAGAUACACAAAAGAUGGCGGUUGAGAAUACAGAGCCAUCUAUUAGUGAAGGGCUGAAGUUGCUCAAGAUGUCUGAUCCACAGCAGUAUUUGAUACAAACAGCAGAAACUCUGACUGAUGGAAAAGAGGAGCUGAUCAUCAAAGACUCCAUACUCGGCAAACUGCCAACCUUGACUCGAAGAAUAAGACAACACAGUAGUUCAUUGAUGGUUGACACAAAAUAUCAGAAUCUGUUGACAGGACUUGAGGAAUUAACUGAUGAGGUGCAAAGCACUGUGAAAGAGCUUGCAACUCUGGAAGUGAACCAGGAACAUGAUAAGGAGAAACAAAAGUCUGAAGCUAAACAGAUCAACUUGCGCAAACGAAAAGCCUUAGCAGAGCUCUUCAAAUACCUUGCCUUAUUAGGACUGUCGUAUCGGAAAGGCUUGAUGAUGUCACAGCACCGUGAGGAGACUGAUAUAAUGUUGAUGAAACCUGUAGAUUUUAUGGUAGCUUUGGAUCAGUUUUCAACCAAUGAGUGUGACACCCAUCUAGGGGAGACAUGGAGAGGGUGCCCUGGUUACAUGUACAAAUGUGUUGCUAGGCGUGCACAGUUCCAGGUUGCACUGCAGUCUCCAGCUAAGGACCUGGGGCUGGACAACAUAAGUAGAUGUCGAGGGUUUAUUGAGCACAUUUUGACUCUUUCACAACAGCAGCAUAACCAUGUAGCAUCAGUGGCGACACCUUUCAUACAACUGAGGAAAUGCCUGGAAUCUCUUUCCAAGUUCACAUCCAGUGAUGAGCAGUAUGUACCACCUCAAGACCAAUCCCGUGUUCAUAUAGACUGCCUCCACAGUCUUCUCACAGCCACUGUCACUACCCUGGACCACUUCCUCAUUCUCCUACACUGCUCUCCUAAACAGCCAGAUGGAGAGACAAAAUACAUGUCACCCUUUUUGAAGAGCUCACAUUCAAAAAUGGCCAUUUUACACCAGGGAGAUCUGAUUUUGGUCAACGUGUUGCAGAAGUUGAGGGAAAUGAAGGAAGAUGUUAUUAAACAGAAUGCAGUCAUUUUGUCUCUUGUCGCAAACACCAGUAGUAAUGUUUCCCUGGUAACCCACGGAGACUUAAAGAUCAUUGCAUCUGUGUAUAACAUGCUCAGUAGUUAUGUUCCUUACCUGGUAGAAAUUCAGGAGCUCUUCAGUCUUCCAUCCAAUAUAAACAAUGAGGCCAUGAGUAUGACUGAAUCUUUGACACUCCUACGAGAAAACAUCAGCAUUCGGGAAAGUGAAUUCACCACUUUUAGAAGCACUAUAAACCAAUCCCAUGAUAAUGCCAAAGGGCAAAGUGACAAUACUGACUUGAAUGAAAAUAAAUCUCAGGUUGAAGAUGUAGAGUCAUUGAUAACUGAGGUGUUACUAGGAGUACAGAAUAUACUCAAGACUGAGACUGCCAGGAAAGUCAGUGCUGGAAGUGAACAUGCAACAUCUGAAGAGGAGGCUAAUAAUGGAAGAGAUGAGGAAGAUGUUGAGCUUGUCAAGAACCAUCUUACUGAAUGUCUGCAAAAACACCUAGAAGUUGACCUUGAUGCAAUUAAUCUCCACAAGGUUCUCAAUCGCUUCACAUCGCUCAUAAACCACAUAAAACUGGGACAUAAUUUCAAAUCUUUCUCCAAACUGCUGAGUCAUUGCCAACCAUUGUUAGAUCAGUACUGCCUCCUAGUGGAGUUCUUUGUUACCAAAAGUGUAGCCACCUAUAGGGGAACAACCAAACUGAUGUCCGUCUUGCUGGGACUUUUCACACAACUAGCUGCAAAGGGCUUUUGUCUCCCAGCUGAGUUCUCAGAUGAAUCACAAGAGGGAGCCACUGAAUUUUCUGAAAUAGAGUCGGGAGGUCUUGGUGACGGGGAAGGACAAAAGGAUGUCAGUGACCAAAUUGAAACUGAGGAUCAGUUGGAAGAUGCCUUCAAACAAGGUGAAGAGAAAAAGGAGGAAGAUCAUGCUAAUGAACCUGAUGUAGAAGAGGAGGAUAAUGCCAUUGAAAUGUCUGAGGAUUUUGAUGGCAAGACUCAAGAUGGAGACAAGCAAGAAAAGGGUUCAGAAGAUGAAGAAGAGAAUGAUGAUCAGGAUGAGUUGGACAAACAGAUGGGUGAUGUAGAUGACAAUGAGGAUAAGCUUGAUGAACAGAUUUGGGGAGAUGAUGAGCCUGAGGACCAGGAGCAAAAGGACACCAAGGAUGAGGUGGGUGAAGGUGCUGGUCCUGAAACAGAGAGUGAGUUGGUGGCAAAUCAAGACAACCAAGAUCAAGCUGAUAGAGACAAGGAAGACCAAAAUAAAGAGAAGCAGUCUGAAAAUCUUGAAGAAAAGAUCAAUGAACAGGAUCAAGUUGAUGAGAGUGAAUAUAAUGAGAAUGAGGUUGACCCAUAUCAUGGUGAUCAGGAGAAGCUGCCUGAACCCGAAGCUCUAGAUUUGCCUGAUGAUUUGAAUCUUGAUGAAAAUGAUGCUGAUGGAAAGGAUAAUGAAUCUGAAAAUGAAGAAGAAACCCCCCAUGACAUUGAUGUCAUGAAAGAGGAAGGUGCCAGCCAGGAGGGAGAAGAGGAACCAAUGGACACAGACAAUCCUGAUGAAGUUAAACAGUCAGAUGAAACUGAUGAAAAUGGUCCAGAGCAGGAAUCCCCAGUGGAGCCUCCAGAGCAAGAAACCACAGAAAGACCUCCAAGUGAAGAGGUUACCAUGGAAACCAGUGCAGAAGAUGAAGGGGGCAAAGAUGGGAAUGAAUCAAGAAUUGAUCCACAGAAGGAAGAUGAUGAAUUAAACAAAGAAGAUGAGAAACCCACAGAAGAUGAGAAGAACGAUGAGUCUAUUGAAGCUGCAGAAUCAUAUGAUAAAACCAAGCACACCAGCCAGAAUGUUGAACAAAGUGAUAGCUCACAUGAUGCUGCUGGCCAGUCAGAUAAUACACAGGAGGAGAAAGAUGGCACUGGGGUCUCAGAGCAUGAACAAGCUGAGGGACAUGAAGGGCAUGACUCACAAGUUGUAUCUAAAGGUGGUGCUGAUGCCAACCAACAACCAUCUAAACGUAAACCAGGGACAGCAGAAAAAGACCGCAGCCUUGGAUCCACUGAUGAGCAAGUGAAAAAGAGACUGAAGACAGUUGAUAGCAAAAACGAAGCAAAGCAACAAGAACAGAAAGCAGAAGAAGCAGGCCUCUAUGAACACAUAAAGGACUCUGAGUCUCAUUAUGACACUCAAACAAUGGAUGUUGCUACUGAUGAUCAACAACAGCCAAUGGCAGAUCAUUACGAGAGUGAGGAUGAGGAAAAUGUGGAUGAUAACAAUAUAGCACCUGAAAAGGAUAUUUCUGUUGAUGAUGUGAACGAGAGAAAACCAUCAGCCUCCCUACAGAGGAAGCUCAUGGAGAAUCAGGGAGCUGGUGAUGAUGAGGAGACUGAUGGGAGGGAUGAAAAGAUAAAUACAGAUGGUGAAAGAGUGGAUACCCAAAUGGUUCCCAGGAGUAUAGAGAGUACAAUACAUACUCAGUUGGAGACACUUCAUGGGGGAGACAUAGAAUUAGAUGUUGAGCAGCUAAGGAAAGACCUUGAGCAACAGCUUCAAUCUUGGCGUCAAUCCACUACUAAACAAGAGGAGCUUGAAGCCCAAGAAGCAUGGCUAAAAUAUGAAGCUGUCACUUCAUCAUUGUCACAGGAACUUUGUGAGCAACUUCGCCUCAUUCUGGAACCAUCACAGGCUACAAAAUUACGUGGAGAUUAUCGCACUGGAAAACGACUGAAUAUGAGGAAAGUUAUUCCUUAUAUUGCUAGCCAGUUUAGAAAGGAUAAAAUUUGGCUAAGAAGGACUAAGCCUAGUAAACGGCAGUAUCAGAUUAUGUUAGCUAUUGAUGAUUCUUCUAGUAUGGAUGACAACCAUUCUAGACAGUUGGCCUUUGAGUCACUUGCUGUCAUAUCAAAUGCUUUAUCUUUGUUGGAGUCUGGUGAACUUGGUAUUUGUAGUUUUGGUGAGACAGUCCAAUUGCUGCAUCCAUUUAAUGAACAGUUUUCCAACCAAUCAGGUGCUGGUAUUCUACGUCAGUUUACAUUUGAGCAGAAAAAGACUAAAAUUGCUCUGCUGCUUGACCAGAUCACAUCAAUCAUGGUGAAUGCGAGAAAUAGGCAAAGGGGCGUGCUACACCCAGAUGUUUCUCAACUCCUAUUGGUCAUAUCUGAUGGACGUGGCUUGUUUACAGAAGGCAUGGAAAUAGUCCAAUCAGCAGUGAGGCAGGCUCGACAAGCUAAUGUCUUUCUAGUGUUUGUUAUCUUAGACAAUCCGGAAAACAAGGAUUCUAUUCUGGAUAUCAAAGUGCCAAUAUUCAAAGGUGGACAGCUGCCCCAGAUAACGCCAUAUAUGGACCAUUUUCCAUUCCCGUUCUAUAUCAUUCUGAGAGACAUUAACUCGCUGCCUGUUACUCUGAGUGAUGCACUAAGACAGUGGUUUGAAAUUGUCACUGCAUCUGACAAGUGAUAACAGUCAUGAUUUGUAUAAGACUGGUUGUCCCAAAAACUUGAGACCCAAUCAGCAGUUCAAAUUCAUAUAAAGGAUCAUGGUCAGGAUAUCUACUCAAUGACACAUUAGUAACCUGAAUAUGAGUAACCUAAAUAUCAUAUCCUUCUUCUAAGAGGCCAAGGAUAUCAAUUUGUAUCAUGAUUAAUGAAGAAUAUUGGCAUGAAAGACAAAACAUAUAUUGACCUAUAUCUACUGACUUUGAAACACAUCCUCAAAAACAUUGUUUAAUUUCUUGGUAUGGACAUAUUAUGGUAUAUAUUGAAUACUGGAGUAUGUGAUAGGGAAUCAAUAAAAAAAGAGAAAUCACAUCAUUUUUUUAAAUUAAAGUAUCACAUUUUUAUUAGAAAAUGUCUAUUUGAAUACUCUAUUAACAUAUUCAUAUGAAUGAUAUAUAAACAUAUCAAAGGUAACAAACUUCACCUAUUUUACAUUCCAGUUACACUCCCAGCCAAAAUAUUCAUAAUGAUCA